CUCUCUCUCUCUCUCUCUCUCUUGGGAGUCUGCGGACGAUGGCUUCUCAGAACCGGAGGCUCCCUGCUAAAGGACGCGAUGAGGGCAUCCUUGCGAAGUUCUCUGAGUCCCAAAUCGUCCUCCGAGGAAGGGAGACCGCUGGCGAGGUCGCCAUUGUUGCCAAGAAGCUCCUACGGAGCACUGGCAGAGCCGCGUGGAUCGCAGGUACGACCUUCCUUGUCCUCGUUGUUCCCCUCAUCAUUGAGAUGGACCGCGAGGCGCAGAUGAAUGAGCUUGAGUUGCAGCAGGCCAGCCUCCUUGGCACCCCUCCGCCCUCCCUUGCGCCCCCACCGCCUAAGUGAUUGGUUUGCUUUAUUUUCUCUGGAAUCGGGAUCAAGAUUCCCUGAGGAGCAACAUAAGGAAUUCAACGGAUUAGCCGAAAAAUCUUGGAGCACAAUGUGUUAAUGAUGCAUGCAUUAUUUUGAUGAUUAGACAGAAGUUUUGGGAAUCCUCAUUUUAUGUGAUGCUGAAAGAAUAUAAAUAAGAUAUAUUUAUGUUUUGCACAUGUAGCAAGCAAUUUUAGAAGUUAUAUUUGAGCUUUUUUCAUUUGAAGACAGUGGCUAUUACUGCUUGUUGCAUAGAAGAGAACCAUCUAGAUUUCUAAAAUUUCUAAUAUAUUCAUUGUGUUUUCAUCCUUAAA